AGUGCGCUCUGGACCCCUCCCUCCCCUCCGUCCCGGGGGCGUCUCGAUGGUGUCAGCGCCGGGCGCUGCUCUCAGCGCCGCUGCCUUGCCGCCGCCAUGGCGCAGCCCCGGGGGGUCAACAGCCUCCGCUUCAACCAGGACCAGAGCUGUUUCUGCGUGGCAAUGGACUCUGGGGUUCGAAUUUUCAACGUGGAGCCCCUGAUGGAGAAGGGGCACUUGGACGCAGAGCAAGUGGGGAGCGUGGGGCUGGCCGAGAUGCUGAACCGCUCCAACCUCCUGGCCCUGGUGGGGGGUGGCAGCCACCCCAAGUUCCCUGAUGUCUCAGUUCUGAUCUGGGACGACGCCAGGGAAGGGAAGGACAAACUGGUGCUGGAGUUCACCUUCCCCAAGCCUGUGCUGGCUGUGAGGAUGAGGACUGACAAGCUGGUGGUGGUGCUGCAGAGCCGGCUCUAUGUCUUCUCCUUCCCCCACAACCCAACCAAGCUCUUCGAGUUUGACACCAGGGACAACCCCAAAGGGGUGGUGGAGUUGUCUCCCAGCGCCGACAAGGCCUUGCUGGUGUUCCCUGGGCACAAGUGUGGCAGCCUUCAGCUGGUGGACCUGGGCAGCGCCCAGCCGGGCACCUCCUCGGCGCCGGUGACCAUCAACGCUCACCAGAGCCAGCUGGGGGCGCUGGCGCUCAGCCCCUCGGGCACCAGGGUGGCCUCGGCCUCCGCCAGGGGCACUCUGAUCAGGAUCUUCUGCACCCACAGCCGGCAGCGGCUGCUGGAGCUGCGCCGCGGCACCGACCCUGCCACCCUGCACUGCCUGUCCUUCAGUGCCGACUGCUCCUUCCUGGUGGCCGCCAGCGACAAGGGCACCGGCCACAUCUUCGCCCUGCGCGACACGCGCCUGAACCGGCGCUCGGCGCUGGCUCGGGUGGGCAAGGUGGGGCCGGUGCUGGGGCCCUACGUGGAGUCCCAGUGGUCCCUGGCCAGCUUCUCGCUGCCCGCGGAGGCUCCGCUGCUCUGCGCCUUCGGCCGGGGGGGGCGCAGCCCCAGCUCCGUCGUGGCGGUGUGUGUGGAUGGCAGCUUCCACAAGUGGGUGUUCAGCCCCGAGGGCAACUGCAACCGGGAGGCCUUCGACGUCUUCCUGGACAUCUGUGACGAGGAUGACUUCUGACCCCACCCCGGG